GAAAGUAUUACACAAUCAAUGUUUGUGUUGUUGUGUUGAUUGACAACACGUGUUAUACUGACUGACAAUCACUGGAUGACUGGAUCUAAUGGAAAACUAUACGAAAGAAUCUGUCACUGAAGUGACUGAUGAUAAGUAUCAACCAUUUGGUGACUAUUGUCCCACAAAUGUAUUGCAAAUGCGUGUCAAUGUCGGCACUAACUGUAGAAAUAUUGUCGACUAUUCGGUGAAGAACUGGAUGGUCAACGAUAAUGAACGUCACAUUGUGUUCACUGGAUCUGAUAGGGCCUGUAAUAAAGUGAUCACUUGUGCUGAACUCGUUAAAAGAAAGUUUGAUAAUAAAACCAAAACCAGUUUAUAUCAGAUGACAAUCAUCGGCCACAAGACUGUUGAAGAAUUGUGGAAACCUAAAGACAAUACACUUGAUGUGAUUAAAGUGAUCCGACAAAUACCACGAAUUGAUAUACUUCUUUGCAAAGAUCAGCUCGAUGUGAGUGUACCGGGAGUUCAGCACAAGGAGUCAAAUGUUUACGAUGACGUCCACAAAGUUGCCAACAAAAGUCCGCAAAAUCGCAACUCAAGACAUAUUAAACAAAAACAUCAAAAAAGUUGAUAACUAUUGAGUCGAUCUUUGAUUUACUAAAAAAGUUUAACAAAAACUAU